AUGUCCGCCCGAGGCACAGCUAGCGAGAGCGUGGAUGUCGUUGUCAUAGGCGCAGGACUCGCCGGCCUGACUGCAGCUCGCGAUCUCAUAAAGGCGGGCCUGUCCUGUAUUAUACUGGAAGCUAGAGACCGUGUUGGCGGUAAGACAUGGAGUCAGGAGCUUCCGGAUAGCAAAGGAACAGUCGAUCUCGGUGCUGCUUGGAUCAACGACGUCAAUCAAACUCAGGUGUACGGCCUAGCGAAGCAAUACAACGCAGAGUUCAUCGAGCAGAAUACCACUGGUAAUUGUGCUAUACAAGAUGCCAGCGAGAAGAUCUCGACGUUUCCAUACGGUGGAUUGCCGCCAUUUGAUUCUGCAGCUGCGGAAGAUGUUGUACGCAUUCGCGACAUGUGCGAAGCGGAUUGUCAAGCUCUGGAUGUAUUCAACCCAAAGGACGAUACUCUGGAUGUAAUGACAUUUGAAGAAUAUCUCACAUCACGAGGAGCCAGCAAGACGAGUAUGUCCACCGCGACUGUAUGGACGCGAGCGAUGCUCGGACAGGAGCCUAGAGAUUUGUCUGCUCUGUAUUUCUUGAACUACUGCAAGUCUGGAGGCGGUCUACUGCAGAUGCGAUCGGAUCGUAAAGGCGGUGGUCAGCAUCUGCGUGUCCGUCAAGGCAUGCAAUUAUUCUCAAAAGGACUUGCUAGCGAUAUGCCCGAGAGUGUGGUUCGUCUAUCAAGUUCCGUAUCAGCCAUCAAGAACAACACUGGAAACGGAGCCAUCGAGGUACAUACAAAUGUUCAGGUCAUACAAGCUCGCAAGGUCAUCACUACAGUCCCCACGCCUGCACUUAAGGGCGUCACAUUCACACCAGAUCUACCCGCAGGCAAGCGUACCUGGAUUGAGUCAACGACCUAUGGCUACUAUACUAAGGCCAUGAUGGUCUUCCGCACGCCGUUCUGGAUCCACAAAGGCUUCUGCGGCCUCACUCAGUCGUUCGUCGGCCCUGCCGGUGUCAUCCGCGACACGAGUAGCCCCGCGGAUGACAAGCAUAUUCUGACAUGCUUUUUGGGUGGUGAACCUGGUUUUGCAUGGGCAACCUUGUCCGAUAAAGACCGCGAACAAAGUCUGUUAAAGCAGAUUGGACAACUCUUCGGCGCGGAAGAUCUCGCUGCCAAGGAAUUUGUUCAGCUGGUCACUUACGAGUGGAUCAAAGACGAAUACUCUGGUUGGGGCUGUCCUUGCACCGGUCUGCCGCCUGGAGUGCUGUCCAAACUCGGAAGUAGUAGUCUGAGAAAGCCAUGGCUAGAUGUGCACUUUGCCGGUACUGAGACGGCUGGUGAGUGGAAGGGCUACAUGGAAGGUGCCGUUCGUAGUGGAGAGCGUGCGGCGAAGGAAGUCAUUAUAUGUCUUGGAACUUGA